UAUAUUGGGGGUGAUGGAUGAGCUGCUUGGAUAUUUUUGCUACUGGAGAACCGAUGGCUAAUUGUUGAUGUCUAGUCGCGCUUGGCGCUGUUGCGGCUCCGUCUGAAUCUCAGAUUGUACUCCAACAUGACCGGAAAUAUGCCAAGAAUGGGCUUGUUUGGACAGAAGGGGCCGUGAGGAUGAACCACAUACAGGUUAUUGGAUCGCACAACAGCUACCACAUCGAGGCGCCCAAGGCGGAGCGAGACCUUCAGUCGACGUUUGCGUCGGGGGCGGUUGAUUUGCAGUAUUCGCAUUCUGCGCUGGAUGUGCAGCUGGAGCAUCUGCAUGUGAGGAAUCUAGAAAUAGACGUGUUGGCAGAUCCAGAUGGCGGCAUGUUUAGCCAGCCGCUGAUUCGCAGACUUGCUGGCCUCGGCGUCCCCAACGACCCGGCGCUGAAGCAAAAGGGCACAAAAGUGCUGCAUAUCCCAGACGUGGACUAUCACACCAGUUGCUCGACGCUGGUUUCCUGUCUGCGGGUCAUCAAGGGAUGGAUGGACGCUCAUCCGGACAGCGUGCCGCUGCCCAUCAUGAUGGAGUUUAAGACGGCAGAGAAGCUGGGAGAGCGACUGGGCGGCGCGAAAGUGGUGCCGUGGAACACGGAGCUGUUGGACAUUGUCGACGAGGAGAUUCGCUCUGUGUUUGGGGCGUCGCAGCUACUUGUUCCGGACGAUGUAAGGAGAGAUGGCUUGACGCUGGAGGAGUCGAUAUUGAAGCAUGGCUGGCCGGAUCUGGAUAGUGCGAGGGGGAGGAUAUUCUUUUUGAUGGACAAUGGGCCGGUGAAUGAUGUGCGGGAUGCGUAUAUCGAGGGGAGGCCGAGUUUGGAGGGGAGGGUGUUGUUUACGAAUAGUGCGCCGGGACAGGAUGACUGUGCGUUUCAAAAGCACAACGACCCAUCCACCGACGCAAACGUCGACUUCAUCCAAGCCCAAGUCCGCGCAAACUACUGGGUGCGCACCCGCGCCGACGAGCCGCUCGACACGGUGCUCGGGCACAACUGCUCGACUUCGCGGCGGGACAGGGCGCUGCGGUCGGGGGCGCAUGUUGUGUCGACGGAUUUCCCGGCGUUUGGGAUGAGUGCGCGAUGGGGGUGCGAUUAUGCGGUGAGGAUGGAGGGGGAGGGGGCGAGGUGUAAUCCGGUGAGGGGGGAGGGGUGUGGGGGGGAGAGGUUGGAGCCCGAGGAGUAUUAUAGGUGA